AUGCGCUUGCCGGAAUUUAUCUCUGUUGUGCUGCCCCUUGGGCUUGCAUUGACUAGUGCUGCCAAUGCGGCUGUGAUCAAAAAUGGUCCGAAUGUCUGCACCGUCAAGGCCAAUGGCCAUCAAAGAGACGAUGUCCCAGAUAUCCUGAAGGCAUUCAAAGAAUGUGGUCACGGCGGUACAGUGAUCUUCCCAGAAGACCAAUCCUACUGGAUCGCAACGCGCCUGAACCCCGUUGUCAAUGAUGUGGUAAUUGAAUGGCGCGGGAAAUGGACUUUCUCCGACGACCUGGACUACUGGCGUAAUCACUCCUACCCGGUUGCAUUCCAGAAUCACGCUGCCGGGUUUAUCAUCACAGGCGACAACAUCAAGAUUGAUGGAUAUGGAACCGGUGGAAUCGAUGGGAAUGGCAAUGUGUGGUAUACUGCCGAAAAGGGAAACACGCAGCCAGGACGACCCAUGCCCUUUGUCUUCUGGAAUGUGUCCGAAGUCAGCGUGGAGAAUUUCUAUGUCAAGGAUCCUCCCUUGUGGAGUUUGAAUAUUAUGAAUGGCACCAACAUGCGCUUCAACAACAUCUACUGCAAUGCCACUGCAGUUGACGCGCCAUACGGCAGUAACUGGGUGCAGAAUACAGAUGGAUUUGACACCAUGGACGUCAACAACAUCGAACUAACCAACUUCGUCUACCAAGGCGGCGACGACUGCGUAGCCAUCAAGCCACGCUCCUACAACGUCAACAUCCACAACGUCACCUGCCGCGGUGGCAACGGUAUCGCUAUCGGCAGUCUGGGCCAGUACCUCGAAGACUCCAGCGUCUCCAACAUCAUCGUCGACACCGUCAAACUCAUCCGGUAUAACGAAGACAUGCACAACAGCGCAUACAUCAAGACAUGGGUCGGUGCGCUGGUCCCGCAAAGUUCCUACGAGAGCGCGGGUCUUCCUCGUGGCGGUGGCUGGGGCAGCGUGUCCAACGUCUUAUUCUCGAACUUUGAUGUCCAGGGCGCUAACGCGGGACCCGCGAUUACGGAGGAUAGUGGAAAUAAUGGAUCGUACUCGGGGACGAGUCUGAUGACUAUUUCGAAUGUGGCGUUUGUGAAUUUCACGGGGCAGAUUGAGACGAGUAAGAGUACGGUUGCGUCAGUGUCGUGUUCGAAUGUGCAUCCGUGUUAUAAUAUUGAUUUUGAUAAUGUGGUAUUGUAUCCGGUCAAUUCGACGACGGCUGGAACGGGCUCGUGCAAGUACACGGCGGAUGGAGGGGUUCAUGGGUUGACUGGAUGUUGA